AUGUCUACUGCAUCUACAUCUGCGGACACUCUUCCAUUGGGAAAGUAUUUUGCAUCCACAGACAAGAAGACCAGAGACAAGGCGAUCAAAAAUUUGACCAUCUUUCUCUCUAACCCUACUCGAGAUGCCUUGGAUAAACCCGGGAUGACCAAGCUGUGGAAAGGAAUCUUCUACUGUUUCUGGAUGUCAGACAAACCGUUGGUACAACAAGCACUGGCAAGCGAACUUGCCGAAAUCCUCCUGAAAAUAUCUACGACGACCUCCUCGCUCGCGUUCCUCCGCGGCUUCUGGGAAGCCACGGUACGCGACUGGAAUUCCAUCGAUCGCCUACGGAUUGACAAAUAUUACAUGCUCAUUCGGAGGUUCGUAAACGCGUCGUUCAGACUGCUCAUGCGAACGGAGUGGGAUCAAGCUGCUUGCGACGAAUACAACUCGAUCCUGACUGGUCGUAGUGGACCUCUGUGUCCCGAUGAUGCACGAGUGCCCGCAAGUCUCUCAUAUCACCUGGCGGACAUCUACGUGGAGGAGCUUGACAAAGCACUCGGAAAUUCUACAGAUGAACCUAAGCUUCCGGUACCACUGUCGUUCCUGCUCGCACCAUUCUUCACACUCGCCGCACGCACACCAACGAAAUCGACCUACCAACGUAUCCAUUCCGCUCUACUCGAUCCUCUCUUCGGAGCUUUGACGUCUGCACGCGAUGACGACGAACUUCCGAGACCCAAACGACCGCGCCUCUCAAUGCCCACAUACCCGAAUUUGAUUGCGAACGCGUGCACCAUAGAUCCCAAGAUGGAGGGUGCUAUAGGCCGACUAGAGCUGAAGAAGGCAUUAUUGAAGCACAUGUUUGACAUUGCAAGUGAGCAGGACACGCGGGAUUCGAACAGGCGGAAGCUGUACGCUAUUUGGAAGAACAAUAUAGACGAUGACGCGGGUAAAGGAAGUACUGUAGACGCUAGUGCUGUAGACCCUAUUUAG